AGAUGGUGGCAAAGAUUUUUAAUUCUAACGUUUGAAGCUAAAAAGUGGUCAAUUUUGUCAAGAUUCUGCCCGUUUUUGAUUUGAUUUUCUCCAUUUCAGACAGAAAAAACCCGAAAUGAAUAUAUCAUUCUGUGGAAACCACACUGGCCUCACUCCAUGGGUCGACCACGGCUUCUCUCGAUGCUUCAUCGAUACUGUCUCCUCCUCCAUCUUAUUCGGGCUGAUUGUGAUAUUUGGUACAAUCCAGCUGCUCUUCUACAGAAAGUAUUCCAAUCCUACAGAAAGACAUUUGAUACGGCAAUCAUGUCUGUACAAGUUACAGAUAUUUACGACAGUCUUGGUGACCCUGGCUCAUAUUACGUACACAGUCCUACGAAAGUUCUUUGUAGACGAUAAAGAAGUUUAUCCCUACAUGAUUAUGAGUACCUGUUUCCUAACUGUGGCAUGGCUUUUCUCGAUUCGGAUCAUAGUUUUGGAGAGGAACGAGGUGCUACCUUCCAUCCCCACACGAGGACAUGGGCUAGUCUUGUUGGUAUUCUGGUCAUUGUCUUUGGCACAUGAGAGUCUUGCUUUCAUCUCUUGGAAGAGUCCACAUUGGUGGUGGAGCUUAGAUGGCAUUUCAGAUCAGAUAGAAUUUGGGAUGUGGCUAGUCAGAUUUGUACUGUGUUUCUUCCUGUUCGUGGUUGGCUUCAAAGCUCCUGGUGUCCCGGGCAAGAACUAUCAUAUGCUGAUCAACGCCAAUGAAGACCAGGCAGAGGCUCUACUCAAUAAUGAACCUGAACCUGAAGUAGACACUGGUCACUCAGCCUGGGCCGGUAUUUGGAAAAAGUGUGUCCUGAUGUGGCCAUUCAUCUGGCCAAAGAAGAACUUCCUAUUACAGCUGCGUGUCAUCUUCUGUUUCCUGGUGCUCGGGGCAGGACGAGGUGUCAAUCUAUUGGUGCCGAUUUACUACAAGGAAAUUGUAAACAGCUUGACCUUUCCUACUGAUAACAAACAGAACACAUCUCUGACUGUUGAAGAUAUUCCUGCACCUACCGAUGCCCCAUUCAGACUAUACUUCAGAUGGGAUCUCAUCCUUGUCUACGUCACUUUGAAAUUUCUCCAGGGAGGAGGCUUUGGUUCAAUGGGAUUGUUGAAUAACUUGCGUACAUUCUUCUGGAUUCGGGUUCAGCAGUACACGACCAAGGAAGUUAGUGUCCAGCUGUACGCACAUCUCCACGGACUCUCACUCAAGUGGCAUCUGAAUCGAAAGACAGGCGAAGUCUUGAGGAUCAUGGAUCGUGGGACAAACAGUAUAAAUUCUGUGCUGAGCACUGUAGUGUUCAACCUGGUCCCCACUGUUGCUGACAUCUUAAUCGCCAUUGUUUACUUCAUAACGGCUUUCAACGCCUGGUUUGGAUUGAUUGUCUUCAUAGCUAUGCUGCUCUAUCUCAUUGCCACAAUCGGAGUGACAGAAUGGAGAACGAAGUUCCGCCGUGAAAUGAACAAGCUUGACAAUAUUAGAAACGCCAAAGGAGUAGACUCGUUGCUCAACUUUGAAACAGUGAAAUAUUACGGUGCUGAGGUGUUCGAGGUUGACAGAUAUGAGGAAGCUAUCAAUAACUAUCAGAAAGCUGAGUGGGUCUCCACAGCAACCCUGAACAUUCUGAACACGGUCCAAAACUUCAUCAUCACCGGUGGCUUCCUGACUGGCACUCUGCUGUGUGCCUGGUACGUUGUUGACGACAUCUCGGGACUAAAUGUUGGCGACUUUGUCCUCUUUGCUUCCUAUAUCAUACAGCUGUAUGGUCCUCUCAAUUUUUUCGGGACGUACUAUAGAAUGUUGCAACAGUCGUUCAUUGAUAUGGAAAACAUGUUCGACCUUCUGAAGGAGAAGCACGAGGUCAAGGACGUCCCAGGCGCCAAGGAUCUCCUUGUUCACACUGGCCAGUUGGAAUUCGAUGACGUAUGCUUCCACUACCAACCAGAGAAACUAAUCUUAAAGAACAUAAGCUUUACGAUUCCACCCGGGAAAACCUUUGCGUUAGUCGGUCCGUCGGGGAGUGGGAAAAGUACCAUUAUUCGUCUAUUAUUCCGCUUCUAUGACAUCACUGGAGGAAUGAUACGCUUCGACGGCCAGGACAUCUCGCGUGUUACCCAGAGUUCCCUGAGACAGAAUAUAGGAGUAGUGCCACAGGAUACAGUGUUAUUCAAUGAUAAUAUCAAGUAUAAUAUUCGGUAUGGUCGCGUGACGGCAGAUGAUGAUGAAGUGUUCAAGGCCUCCAUAGCUGCAGAUAUCCAUUCCAAAAUUAAUACAUUUCCCGACAAAUAUGACACGGUAGUUGGAGAGCGAGGCCUGAAGCUCAGUGGUGGAGAAAAGCAAAGGGUUGCGAUUGCCAGAACAAUCUUAAAAUCUCCUGCCGUGGUCCUCCUGGAUGAGGCGACAUCUGCCCUCGACACGCAGACAGAACGUAACAUCCAGGCUUCAUUAUCAACGAUCUGUGAGAACCGAACAACACUGAUUGUGGCCCAUCGCCUUUCUACAAUCAUUCAUGCUGAUCUGAUUCUUGUGUUGAAAGAUGGCGUCAUUGUGGAGCGCGGAACCCAUGAGAAUCUCCUUGAAACAGAGGGAAUGUACGCCGACAUGUGGCAACAACAACAAACGAAAGCAGACGACGGGAACGGGAUGGAAAGUGGUAUCGAUGAAUCGAUCUAAGGAGGAACUGUUGAUGUCCGAGAUCACAGACUUUUGACUAACAAAGAUCUCGGCACGUACUUGGACUCUAGUCAUAUCGAUCUAUCAAGUUUAAGCAUCAUAAGUAUGUCGUGACAGCCACUGAGAAAAGGAGAAUAUGGCAAUGGUAAAGACAGUGUUAUUGAUCUAUUGAUCUGAGCUGAAACUGUAGAUCCAUGCACUUGAUUGGGACCAACGUUUACGAAGACGUCGCGUCACGUCACGUUACACUGAUGUAAAAUGCAUGGUGACGUGACGACGGCCAACACCACGUCAUGUAAACGUUGUUCCCAAUCAAGUGCAUGGAUCUAUAGUGAGAUUGUAUCUAAAACAAGAUGACAGAGAGGUGCCAAACAAUGACCUGCUAAAGGUCUUGGGCUCUAGUCCUGGCAUGCGACAUGACAAUCCAAACUUCUUUUUUUUAAAUUUCUAUUGUUAUCUAACGUUUAAUCAUCAACAAAAGAUUUGAGAAUGACUACGCAUGAAACACGUUGCCUCCUGCCUAAAAACUCACUUUAAAGAAAUACAGUGGAACCUCUCCUAGCAGACACCUCUCUAUUGAGGACAACCUCUCUAUUAAGGACACUAGUUUCAGUCCCAAAUUGGUUGUUUCCAUUCAAUUUCACCUCUCUAAUCAGGACACCUCCCUACUAAGGACAGCACUUUUCAGUCUGAGGGUGUCCUUAAUAGAGAGGUUCCACUGUAUACUCAUUUCAGGCUACUCUAUGCCUGUGAAAAGAAAGCGCCUUCAAAUAGAACUGAGGUUCGUACAAAGUUCUUUGAAAGCUGGAAUUGUGAUUAUUAUAUUGUUUUUUUACUUUGGAUGCUGUGAUAGAGUUGGGAGAGAAAAUCUCAGUGUGUGCUUAACGCGGCCAAGAUUUCAGCAGGUGUUUUUCUAACUUGUUCAGUCAGUGUGCCCACUGCCGAUUAACCCUUUAGAUCCCAACCGACCAAUAUACGGCCACUAAUUAUAUAUCCUGCUCUACAUAUCCCAAACUGGCCACUAACCGCCCGCAGGUAAUCAGUGCUAGAAUGCUCGCGGGAAAUAUGGGAAACACAUAAAAAAUGUUCCAGGAUCUGAAGGGUUAAAAGGCUCUAGUGUUCAGCAAAAACCUGGUAACUUAAGCGCUUGGUGGCGUUACCAAGUUAUUCUACGGCCUAAAUAUUGUGUAAAUUAUCAUUUGUUGUUUUGACAUAUUAGUGAGAUUGUCUUCCUGCAUCGGAACGCUGUAUAGGCUGCUGUCUAAUUGGUUUAGGCCUGGUAAACCUCAUUUGCCCAAUCAAGAAUAAAUAAAGACUACUCUUUACUAUUCUUGCCAUUUUUCAUAUCAUCGCAACAUAUUUUGCUUCUUUGUCAUUCCUUCAUGGUCCAUUACUCUCUAAUUGAAUAUGUAAUCACUUUACAAAAAUAUAAUAAUAAUAAUGAAUAACGGUUAACUAAAUGUACAGAAGUAAAUACCCCUACAAAGGUAUAAGUGUCCUCCGAUGAAAUCAUUGGUUCAAUUUUUUGAGGUAUCCAUGGCAGUGCAAUCAUAAAAUCGCAAGAUAUCAUGACUACAUGUAUUUUGUUAUAAGCUUAAAGCCUAAAGAAAACAGGAUUUUUACAAUGAUUUACUAUGUUCUACGCAGUUAUUUCCCCUGUAUUGCAUCAGCUUGCCAAGCAGCAAUUAUGUGAUUAAAAUUGCAAUACAGUUAGUUCUAACUGGUACCUGACUAGUCUGUUAACGAAAGCUUGGUCCUCAAUUGCAAAUUACAGUUCAAUUCAAUUCAAUUUCAUGUCUGCAAACAUUCUUCAUGGAACAUCCUACACUCAUUGCGGUUUGUCCCGAGGUCAGGCUCAAGUGAAGUGUAGUAUAGGCAGCCCCUUCUAAGCCCAGUAGGUAUGUACUUGUGUAAUAUGGAAACUUGAUGUAGUCCGAUACCCGCCAGGGUCUGGGAAAAGCACUAUAAAAGCUAGCUUUAUUAUAGUACAUUGUUAGCAAUUGUUUAAAGCAUUCCAUGUCAUGCUCAAUACUCAUGCAUUUCAGACACGCAGAACUUCAUUGUAAUUUUUGUCAAGCUGUACUGUUCAAAUAUAAAUCCACAUUCUGUAGCAUUCAUAACAAGAUCUGUUCAUGUAAUGUUUUUCUCUAGAAGUAACUGUAAGUGUUAAAAUAUAAAAUGUUGGUACGUUUUGCAAA